CUUUUUGUCUCUUCCCUUCUCUUUAGAUGCAGAGUUCUCUUCGGUCUCUACGCAAUAGCGCAGCCAAGAAGCGGGCAAAGCUGAGCGGCAGCACUUCUGACCUGGGCAGCCCGGACUCUGUGCUGAAACUCGACCUGACCUCUGAGUCCCCCUCUUGCUUGUCUUCCCCGAGUACCAGCUCCUACAGCGAAAGUGGGGUUUAUAGCCAGGAGUCGGUGACGUCCCCACUCUCUGCUGAGUCUCAAGGAACAAGAACCAUGUCAGACAUUUUCCCUCUGGGAGGCAACUCUCGGCCCUCAAAUGCUCACUACAUGGAAUAGAGGUCCUGUCGCUAUAGAAUAGAGUCCUAAGUAUUAUAGGUAUUCUAUGAGAUGCCCAAGGAGGGGCGAGAUCCGGUGAAGGCAAAGCCGUUGUGGUCAGGCGGAGUCUCUAGAGAAAGAGGAAGGGGGGAUAUA